GCGCCCUCCUCUGCCCCGGCAGAGCUCACAGGCUCCCCAGGCACUGCUGCGGGGAACUCGGCCCACCCUGGGGCUCCCUAGACAGCUCUGUGGAGAGCUGGGGUCACCCUUGGUUUGCUCCAACCCCGCUGCAAAGAGUUUAGGCACGAACAAGGCAAUGAAGGGUCACAGUGUCAGGAGAGCUCUGCAUGUCUCAAGCCUGGCUCCCAUGCCACCCCAAAGCCUGGCUCGGCGGAGACUUUUGAUCAAGGGGGGAAAAGUCGUGAAUGACGACUGCUCGGCUGUGGCUGAUGUGUAUGUGGAAGAUGGAGUGGUGCAGCAGGUGGGACCAAACCUGAACCCUGAGCCGCCGGACGGGCUUGUAGUGCUGGAUGCGACCGACAAGCUGGUGAUCCCCGGGGGCAUCGACACCCAUACGCACAUGCAGUUCCCUUUUAUGGGGAGCAGGUCGAAAGAUGACUUCUAUACAGGAACCAAGGCUGCUCUAGCAGGAGGCACCACUAUGAUCAUCGACUUUGCCAUCCCUCAGAAGGGCUGCUCCCUUAUUGAAGCCUUUGAUACAUGGAAGAGCUGGGCAGACCCUAAAGUCUGCUGUGAUUAUGCACUGCAUGUGGCAGUUACAUGGUGGAGUAACAAGGUGAAGGAAGAAAUGAAAAGUCUUGUUCAAAACAAAGGUGUUAACUCCUUCAAGAUGUUUAUGGCCUACAAAGAUGUAUACAUGGUGAAUGAUGAGGAGCUCUAUGCAGCCUUUUCCUGCUGCAAGGAGCUGGGAGCCAUUGCUCAAGUCCAUGCAGAGAAUGGGGAGCUAAUUGCACAGGGUGCAAAGAAGAUGCUGGCAAUGGGAAUAACUGGCCCCGAGGGGCAUGAGAUGUGUCGUCCAGAAGAAGUGGAAGCUGAAGCUACACAGAGAGCAAUUAUCAUAGCAAAUGCUGUCAACUGUCCCCUUUAUGUAGUCCAUGUGAUGAGUAAAGCUGCAGCCAGGGUCAUCAGCAGUGCACGGAGAGAAGGGAAGGUGGUUUAUGGGGAGCCUAUUGCUGCAAGUCUGGGCACUGAUGGCACCCACUACUGGAAUAAAGACUGGGCUCAUGCUGCAGCCUAUGUCAUGGGACCUCCACUCAGACCAGAUCCAUCUACUCCUGCUUUCCUCAUGAACUUACUGGCCAAUGAUGACCUCUCUGUGACAGGGACUGACAACUGCACAUUUGACACAUGCCAGAAAGCUCUGGGGAAGGAUGACUUCACCAGAAUCCCUAAUGGAGUGAAUGGUGUGGAGGACAGGAUGUCAGUCAUAUGGGAAAAAGGAGUUUACAGUGGGAAAAUGGAUGAGAACAGAUUUGUAGCUGUCACCAGCACCAAUGCAGCAAAGAUCUUUAACCUUUACCCAAGAAAGGGGAGAAUUGCUGUGGGUUCUGACGCUGACAUUGUAAUUUGGGAUCCCAAAGCUACAAGGACAAUCUCUGCCAAGACACAUCACCAGGCCAACGACUUCAACAUAUUUGAAGGCAUGGUCUGCCACGGAGUCCCAGUUGCAACAGUUUCAAGAGGCAAAGUGGUUUAUGAAGCUGGAGCCUUCGAUGUCACAGCAGGAGAAGGCAAAUAUGUCUCCCGGGCACCGUUCCCUCCAUACGUCUACAGUCGAGUCAGGCAGCGGGAGGAGGUCUGCCAGCCUGUUCCUGUUAAGAGAGAACCAUAUACAGAUGUGGCCUCAGGAGCAUCCUUCCCCAGUUUUGGCUCUUGAAGAUAAAAGCAAAUGAAACCAACCCUGCUGUCCCCACUACAGCAGUGCACUCUGGGCCCCACAAUCAAGCCACAGCCAGCUUCUCCAGAGCCAACCUGAAGCAGCAGUAACCAAUAAACAUGACCACUGGGCUUCCUGCAUCAAA